AUGGGGCCCUGCCAGGCUGAGCUCCAUGAGAGCUCCCUGGCCAAAACCCCCCAAAUUGAAACACCAGCUCUGCAAGAACUACAGCCAGGGGCAUGCAGCGGGCAGCAGUCGGUGACGGGCGUGUCGGCGGCGGACGACGGCAACAGCUACUGGCGCGUGCGGGGCCGCACGGCAGCCGUGUGCGAGCGCGGGGCGCCCGUGCGCUGCGGCCAGGCCAUCCGCCUCACGCACGUGGGCACCGGCCGCAACCUGCACAGCCACCGCUUCACCUCGCCGCUCUCCGGAAACCAGGAGGUGAGCGCCUUCGGGGAGGACGGCGAGGGCGACUACCUGGACGACUGGACCGUGGUGUGCAGCGGGACGUACUGGGCGCGCGACAGCGAGGUGCGCUUCAAGCACGCCUCCACCGACGUCUUCCUCUCGGUGACGGGCGAGCAGUACGGGCGGCCCAUCCACGGGCAGAAGGAGGUGCACGGCAUGGCCUCGGCCAGCCCCAACAACUACUGGCGCGUCAUGGAGGGCAUCUUCAUGCAGCCCGGCGAGCUGCCCAAGGCCGCGCAGCACCACGCCGAGCUGUGACGGCCGCGGCUGCAGCCU